AUGGUGGAGAUGCUGCAGUUGUAUGGAACUCCAGAGGAGAGUCCAGACAGUGUGGCUGAGGUGAGGGUUGGUGCCAACAGGGGAAGAGACUGGGGAGAGUGGGAUCCCAGUCAGGAGAGGGACACAUGUCAGGUUGUAGCCAGUGGUGAGGUGGGCCCAGUGCUGGGCUGGCUCCAGGAGAAUGUGAGAGAGGUUUCCGAUACUGAAAUUACCUCAAAGUUUCCCACAGUAUAG